GAGAAGUGAAACCCAGGGAGAGAGCGUGGCUGCUGUGUGCCUUGGCUUGGGACACCUGGAGCUGACAAUGGUUCUGUGAGGGAAGGAAGUUGGAAAACACUCCAGACAUCCAGAUAUUCCAAGAUGGUGAUCUCUGUACGUUAGUUAUUGCGGAAGCAUUUGAGGACGACACAGGGCGAUACGCCUGUACUGCCACCAACUGCUUUGGAUUGGACAGUACAUCUGCUGAGAUAUACAUUGAAGGUGCAUCUUCCACGGAUUCAGAGGGUGAGGGAGAGAUGUUUCACUCACAGGCUGGUGGCACACCGCAGGCGCAAAAGAAGACGACCUCAGUGUCCCUGACGAUAGGAUCCCCUCACUCAAAGAAGGCAGCAGGUGGCCCUGAGGUACAACAGGUCCGCUCCACUCUGGUUCAAUCCAUUUCCAUCCCAGCGCCCCAGAUCCAGAGUCCUACACCUUGCCUUCCAGUCCAGGAUGGAUUCUCCCCUCCUGUCUUUACAAAGGUCUUACAAGACACCACUGCAUCAGAGGGUCAGGUUGUGGUGUUGGAAUGUCGGGUGAAGGGCUCCCCUCCUGUUAAAGUCCAAUGGCAGAGGCAAGGAACAGAAAUUGAGGACUCGCCAGAUUUCCGAAUCCUUCAGAAAAAGCCUCGAACAGCUAUGGAUCCUGCCGAGGAGAUUUGCACCCUCGUGAUUGCCGAAACCUUUGCGGAAGAUGCCGGAAGAUUCACUUGCACAGUCACCAAUCCCUUUGGCUCUGUGUCAUGCAAUGCUCAGCUCACAAUCUGUCCAGGAAUUGAAGUUUCAUCAAAUAAUGGAAGUGAUUUAGUGGACAAUCUUAGCCCAUCUCCUCAGACUGAAAUCAGUUCUCUAGAACUGCCUCCUAAGAGGAUAGUUGACCCUGUCCAGGUGAACAGCCUUGAGAUCAAACCAAGUGUGGCUGCCUUCCAACUGGAGCUGAACUCAACCAACGAUAAGCCUAAUGGUACCUCAUCCAGCCAAGAGUUCAACGGACCAAACCAUAGACAACCCAUACAGUCCGCCGUCCCGCUACCCUCUCCUGUAAAGGAACCACCGCCGCUCGCUGCCAAACCCAAGCUUGAUCCACUGAGACUACAGCAACUGCAGAACCAAGUCUUGCUGGAACAACAAGCCGGGAGACAAGGCCAGCAACCACUCGAGCUCUUGCUGUGCUCGCCAACCUCUGCCCAGCCGCCCCCUGCCCCAAUGAGUGUGCUGAACCCCCACACUCCAUCGUCAGCCAUGCAGCAAACGACAACUUUCAAUUAUGCUCGACCCAAGCAGUUCAUUGCCGCUCAAAGCCUCUCGUCUUCUGCCGGGUACCUGUCUCCGUCCGGAUCUUCGGGUUCUAACCUGUCCUCGCCCCUCUCUCCCCCCACCGCGCACAAGCCCUUUAACCGGGUGGCGUUGCCUCCUUUCCCCCAGGGGGAGAGUGAGCAGCGACACCUGGGCUCCGCCUCAUCCUGGAGCCCCUCGUCGCCUUCCCCUCCUCUUCCCCCGCCGCCGCCCAUCCACAGCCCCCCUGCUUUCUACGCGCAAGACUCCUACCCUCUGCCUCCUCCUCCUCCGCCCCUUGUCACCUCCCCAACGCAGCCUCCCUACUUCUCCCCCUUACCUGGUAGAUCUUCCCCUCACUCCGGCCAAUCGCCUGCGGCUUUCCUCAGCUCCAUGUUGCCGUCACAAUCAGUUGGGUCACCUGUCAACACUUUGGGCCUACCAAAAGGAGCCAUCCCAAUAACUCCACAAAGUCUGAAGAGAAACAGCAGAACUCCUCGCCUGGCAACAGACGAAGAAAUCCAGGGAACAAAGGAUGCAGUCAUUCAGGACCUGGAGAGGAAGCUGCGCUUCAAAGAAGACCGUGUGAGCAAUGGCCAGAGAUUGACCUAUGAAGAAAAGAUGGCCCGCAGGCUUCUUGGGGCAGACAAUGCUGCCACUGUCUUCAAUUUUCAGGAGGCUGAGGAUGACCCUGGGGCCCAGGAAUACAAAGUCUCCACCUUUGAACAGAGGCUGAUCAGCGAGAUCGAGUUUCGGCUGGAGCGCUCCAAGGUGGAUGAGUCCGAUGACGAGGUCCAGCACGACGAGCUGCCUCCCCAGUGCACAGCCCCGGCCUUCGAGAGGAAACUGAAGCACAUCAAGCUGUUCGAGGGCACGCCCGUCACCUUCAUGUGCAAAGUCAGCGGACAGCCCAUGCCAAAGGUUUACUGGUUCAAAGACGGCAAUCAAAUUUCCAAGCGCAGUGAGCACUACCAGAUUCGUCGCGAGCCCGACGGGACUUGUUCCCUCCACACCAAAGCUGCCACACUGGAUGAUGACGGAAAUUACACCAUCAUGUUGGCCAACCCAUUGGGUAGGACAAGCUGUACGGGAAGGCUGAUGGUCCAAACUGUGAGCCAGAGGGGACGCUCUCCCCGCUCUCCUGCCGGACAAUCACCUGGGAGAAGACCUCGAUCCCGAUCCAGGGACAGUGGAGAGGAAACGGAAACUAUCCAGGAACGCUUCUUCCGACCUCACUUCUUGCAGGCUCCAGGAGACAUGAUCAUUCAGGAAGGGAAGCUCUGUAGAAUGGAUUGUAAGGUGAGUGGGCUCCCAACUCCCGACCUCAUAUGGCAACUGAACGGGAACCAGAUCCAGCCAGACAGUAGCCACAAGAUGCUCGUGCGCGAGAACGGCGUUCACUCCCUUGUCAUUGAACCAGCCACCGCCAGGGAUGCGGGGAUGUACACAUGUAUCGCCACCAAUCGAGCAGGCCAGAACUCCUUCAGCCUUGAGCUCGUAGUUGCAGCCAAAGAGAUGGUCAGAGCCCCAGCGUUUAUCGAGAAGCUACAAAACACUGGGGUGGCGGAAGGGUAUCCAAUACGGCUGGAGUGCCGGGUCUCCGGUGUGCCUUACCCGCAGAUCUUCUGGAAGAAGGACAACGAAUCUCUGACGCAGAACACCGAGCGAGUGAGCAUGCACCAUGACAACAGAGGUUAUAUCUGCCUGCUGAUUCAACCAACCACGAAGGAAGAUGCUGCCUGGUACACUGUUUCUGCAAAGAACGAGGCUGGGAUAAUAUCUUGUACAGCCAAGCUGGACGUUUACUCUCCUCAGUGGCACCAGACACCCGUCUCCAAGCCGAAGAAAGUACGACCCUCUGCAAGUCGCUACGCAGCGUUAACCGACCAAGGACUCGACAUCAAGUCAGCGUUCCUGCCCGAAGCCAACCCCAUCCACCUCGGCACUCAAACCAACCUGGUGGAAAGCGAUGACCUGUAGCUGAACUCUUGAAGGAAAGCAAGAGGGGGUAUUGGGAUUACACGACAAGAGAGCAAGUGGGGGGCAAUACAGCCCCUCGGAAAUAUGACUGCACCCUGACUGUCAUUUCCCAGUCAGGACUCACUGAAAACCUUUUAUUCUUCAUUUUGAAAACGUAAAUCAAUACAACAAAGCAGGGGAUGAAGUGACAAAAUAUAGAACUACUGUUGGAGGAGAAGAUUUUGGCGGACCGACAAAAAUUGGAGUGGAUUGGAUUUUGCACACGCACACACGUGUUACCCAUGUCUCACCUUGCACGGCUAAAUUGUGUCGUAGGUAUUUUGCUACACAGUGGCUAUGAUUUAUUAUUAGUGGUUAUGUGCACAUUAGUAAACCGAUAUUAAGAUACAUAUAAUUACUGUAUAUAUCAGGUAAUCAGUCUCGCUAAGUGCCUGAGCUAAAACCAUAUUAUUUCAGGUGGCAUCGAGAGGGGAGUGUGAUGUAUUCUGUUGGGGAAGGAUGUCAGAGGGAGCUUUGGAAAAUGGUUGUAAUGUUGGGAAUGAGACAGGGACUGAAGAUUACAGGCUUUCCGGAACUAGUUCUCAUCAUAGGAGAGAUUUGAUCUAUGCGUUUUGGUCCUGUCAACUCUGAGGUGGUCAUUGGGUUUGGGAGCCCGUUGUGCUGUGAGUGAUGAUGUGCCCUUUCUCACACUGAAGCGUGUCUCACCCAGUUUUCUUCCAGUCUUUGCAGUUGUUUCCAAGUCAUGAUCUCCCAAUUCAAAUUGCUCUUGGGGUAAGCCUUGCCAAGGUGUUAAAUAUUGGAACGUUAAAAACCCGUGUGACCUCCGGGGAAUGGGCAGACAUUUCGGUGGCACCCCCUGUGUUGGUCAGAGACUGAGUGUGAGCUUGGUGGUGCUUAAGAAGGCUGCGUUGGGCCGGGGAAUGGGCAUAUUCAUCACAAAGCAGCCCCCUACUGAGAAGUUGGGGUGUUACCCUUAGCGUCAAUAUUACCAGAUCGAGGGCAUCUGCCAGACAGUCGCGAGGUAGAUCCCCCCCCCAUACUAGAUCACGUUAUUGGUGAGGGGGUCUGUACAGGAGCCUUGAUGUACAGGGAAGGGUAUGGCUUUAACUUCCUGGGAAUGUCAGUGAUAUUUUAACAUUGCUACUGCGGCACUUACCACAAAGAAUCCAUGAAGCUGCCUACCCAACUCUAGCCCAACAGGGCCCAACUUCUACAGGUUGGCUCAGGUGUUUAUUCUGAUUAAACCUCCAUGUUCAGGGUGUGUUGUGCUGUUCUGGCUUAGGACUUUAUCCAGGUCAGGUUGAGUUGCUUAGUGUUGGCACGCGUGUCUUCUCUUCUUGAUCAAUAGCCAUGUGUGUGCCUCACAGCAAGUCUCUGCAAGGGCCUCUGGGUCAGCUUGGGUCUGGAAAAGAGUCUAGCUCAGGCCAGGUUCCUGGCCAUGGUCAGUUUAGACCCGAGCAGACCUCUACAGAGGAGUGUGGUAACCUCCCGCCCUCUCCAACACCUCCUCCCCUCCAUCCAGAGCAUUGAAACAUGAGCUGAUUGCACCCCUCUGCAAGGACACAAAGCUGCACUGAUGAUCACGGCCAUCCAUUGCCCAAACUGACCCAGGUUGAGAGGAUUUAAGGCAGGACUCAGCACCUUUGGAAAGUGGGUAGUCAACGCCCACGUGGCAGUAACUCACUCCAGCAACUUAACAACUUCUGCACAUUAUUCCAGCAUCAAAUAGAAACCGAAAAGACUCGGCAGUUCAGGCAAGCAAAAGCAGAGAUAAAGUUUCAGUCCUGACCUUUCAUCAGAAGCAUUAUUUUUAGGCACUUUCAUAUCUAAAAUCACAAGUGUGGAUUUCCCAUUGCACCUCCUCUUUUGAAGUUACUUACUGUGAAAAUUGCAAACUUCUAAGAGUUGGUUAGUGAAAGGUUUGGGGACAAAAUCCCUUUACUUUUCCCGUCUAUGUUGAGUUCAGAGGACACAGAGAAGGUGCUGGUGGUUCGAGUGGGUAGGGGAAAGGGAGGUUGAACAUUUCAGACAAGAUCAAUGAAUGUUGUUCAACUAAUCUGUGGGCAACUUUGGUAACUAGUCCCCAUUGUUGGAAAGGAAAACCUGCAGGGUGUGCUGGGCUGGGUGCCUUGUCCAAAUUCAGGUGGCUCAUCUAGUUUUAUUACUAUGUUGAAUGGUUUGUUCAAUCACCUCAGAGUCUGAACUAAAUUGCUGUGGUCAGGAGAUACACGUGGGUCAACGGUUUCCUUCCCCUACAAACCAUCCAUGAACCAAAUGGGUUUUUACAACAUCCCACUAUUUUCAUGGUCAACGACACCAGCUUUUAGUUGUGACUAACUGAGUUUAAUUCCCCACCUGCCUUGGUGGGAUUUGAACUAGUGUCGUGGGGACCACUGGAUAAGUAAUAAGACCUGCUUGAUAUACCAUGUUGGUCAGAUGGGAAGGUCUACAAUUUAGGUGGUAGUGGUGGUCAAUGACCUUGUCACACAGAUAUUUGCCACAAUUUUCCGAGAUCAUUUUGUUUGAUACAAUAAACACUAAUUCUGAUGCACGGCUUAAUCCUGGGGAGUCUACAGGGUGAGACACAGAUAUUGUUUUGAAGGGAUAAUGAAAUGCACUCAGCUCUCAGCAUCCCUCUGGCCCCCAAUUAAACAUAUAUACCACAGAAAGCAAUUUGCUUCACUGCAGUGGUAAAUAGAGAGCCCAUUGCAAAAUAUUGGGCCACAGUCUGGAAUUGGGCCUAGAGAGUAUGGUCUUUUGAAAUAAACCUGAUCUCUUGGUGGAGGUGAUGGAUGUUGGGGUUGGUUCUACCAUGCCCAAGUGCUAUCUUGACUCACUUAGGACAUACUGCUUUGAGUUUGUUUGGAAACCAUGGUAACUUGGCUCUCUUUGGUGGGCGUUCGGGGCACAUGAGUUGGGAGAGUGUUGAUGGAGGUAUGAUGUCCUACAGGGGCUUGGAUAAACCCAGUGGGCAAUUGAUUCUUGCAACAAAGAUGGCAACAGAAAUAGAGCCCUGGAAACAGAAAGGAACACAGAGGUGUUGGGAGGUGCCCGGAAACUGCACGAUGGUACAAAGGAGCUUUGCAUUGUAUAGCAAAUGACUGUACUCAAAGGAAUAAUGCACAUCUUCAUUAUUUAAAAUAUACAAAACUUAAGUGUAACUUAGCUCGGUUCUUGCAAUUUUGUUGUUUGAGGUAUUACAUUGAGAAUUGUUCUAUUGUUAUUUAGGACUGUAUAUCCCAGGCUUUUAAUUCAAUAUUUUAUAAGGAGAAUGUGUAAGACUAGUUCAACUGGUUUCAUCCAUUUAGCUAUUGUUUUUAAUUAAAGGUAAGAUUAGCAUUGAUAUGAACUUUAACUCUGGCCAUGGACAGAAACAAGUGUGGCACAAACACACGUGGAAUUGGUAUGUCUGAUAACACCCUUCGCACCUUUUGCAAUGUUUCAGGUCUGAGUAUGAACUUCACAUCAACCUGAAAAUAUUCAAACCUGACCCGUCGAUGUAUUCCUGCCACUUCACCUGUCCAAUGUCAAUUGCUCACUUUUGCGAUAUGGUGACAUAUUUAAUGGCAAAUGCUUUUUGUUUCCCUGUGACCAUGUAAAGUUUUUUUAAACAUGCCGCAUUUGCUAAUUUUGGAUUGUUCUAAGAUUUUUUUUGUGUUGGGGGGGGAGUUUAAAAUUUAAUAAAAA